CUAAAAAGAAAAAAGAAAAAAAAGAAAAAAAAAAGGCCUUGCAGGCCAGUUAUGAGAAUUUUUUCAAAAGCCUAUUUAGGUGAAACGUUGGGUUUUAAAAUCCAACUAAAUCAUAUUGGACCCAAUACCUGAUUGUUACCAGGAGAUAGGAGCCCAAAUUCACCGACGCUUGGCCUGGUCCCUGCUGCAUAGCUGUUUACGCGCCCGCGAACGAUCCUAGAUCACUCUUUACGCCGGAGUUUCCUCUUGCUGAAGAAGAUGACUACCAGAACUACCAAACAGCUUCUACUCGUUCUUUCUAGUUAUUUCAAGGCUUUUGCGGCUGAUCCAGACUUAUUCCCAAUAUGUUACCCUUCUAAUCACAGGAGGAUGAUAUCAUGGUAGGCAUCGCAUGGCUAAAAGUUCUUGCCUUCACUAUUAACAUCCGUACUCGUUUUACGCUAUAUCUAACGGCCUUCUGAACAUAUCAAACCUCCAUGAACCUUGUGCCUUGCUCACGUUAUACAAUGAAGGUCAAAUUCUUGAUCUUUCAAGUAUUCCAUCUCCAAGGCUGUUCUGCACCCACCUUCCUUUCGGAAUCCAUCCUUAGCAGGAAUCAGUGAAGCAGUAUUCUAACCGCUGGACCGUGCACCAGUCACAACCCAUUGGAAUGUGAUUGCCUCUAUGUGACAAUUCUCUAGUAGGAACAAGAGAGAGAGGAUUGACGAUUGUCCAUUAGAGGAAUGCUUUGAGAUGUUCAGAAGAGGCGAGGACAUGAAAGCGUGGAGAAGCCUCAAAAAGUGAUGUUUCUCAAAUACGAGGACAUGAGAGAAGAACCUAUAUUUCAGACAGAGGCUCGGAGAUAGGGUUUAUGUAGGGUUUAUGGGGUUUCCUUUUACAGAGAAGGAAGAGAAAGGAGAAGCUGUUGAAGAAGCAGUCGAGUUUUGUAGCUUGAGAAAUUUGAAGAAUCUGGAAGUGAAUAAAAUUGUGAAGAUCUCAUUCUGGACAAAUAAAUUACAUCCUUCUUCAGGAAAGGUCAGGUGGGUGAUUUGAUCAACCAUCUUAGCCCUCCACAAGUGGUACGUUUCAAUAAGAUCCUGCAACAGAA